GGUUGUCUAGACCGUCGACAGUAAAUAGUCAAACGUCCAGACAAUAGUUCGGCUUUUGGAACGAUCUAAAUAUACCACCGGGUCGGACGGAAUCGCCGGUCCUCGUACGUUUUCGUUUUCCAACUUGGCCCGAGAGCAUACCGGCCUGAAGGGUCCAGCAAUUUCGCAGUACAAGAAAUCCCUCCGGAGAUCUUCACCAAUUUGUUUUUAUAUUAAACAAAGGACGUAAAGCAAUGGAAGUGACUUCGGUCGAUGAAGGAAGCGGUGGCAAUGUCGUCAAAGAGGCCAUGUCAUCGAAGUCCUCAUCUGUUUCAGAGUUUGAAAAGGACAUCGGAAACAAGCACGUGGUAGGGAAAGCUGCCAGCGUCGAAAUGGAAGAAAGUAGCAAAGUGUUAUCAGAGUCGAUAGAAAACACCCAGCCGGCAAAUGGUGGGUGCUUGAACGAUUCGCUUCAGUUCAACGGUUCGGAACAUGUCAAAUCGAACGGACAUACAGCUGAAACUGAACAUUUAGAGAACGGGAACGACCCGGAGAAUGACGAUACUGCCCGAGUGUGUAAUCCCUUAAAGUUCAGAUGGGACAUGGUCGAUCGGCAAACUUCGACUACAUCUCUAGAAGAGCAACAGAGGGAGUCCAACGCCCAGGCACUGCUAUCCAUGCUGAGCCGUGAUGAUGUUGGCACCAGGCCUCAUUCCAUGCCGGGGAACUUGGCCCAUCUUUGGCAGAGCUUAAAGAUUUCAAACGAGCUCAAUAAGGGUUUCGAGAGACAGGUCAGCGCCGAAGAAGUCUACGAUCCCCAGGAAGCCAGUGGUCAUAAAGUAAACGUCGACGACGGUCUGCAUAGCAAGCACAUCGACUUAGAGAAGCUCUUCACCCCUGCUUCUGACUCGGGCGAACUCACCCCUUCAAGAAAUCGGAAAAUGUUCGCGUCUUCGAGUUUUUACGGGCCAAACCACCCUACCAUGGAGGAACAAGUCGAACUGGCACGCCGUAUAUCACACUCGCUGAGCGACAUCAGCAACAAGGAGAGCAAAGGACAGUCGAUGUACGUCAACAGGAAAAAACGAUCCGUCAAAUGGGUGCACGAAGGGGAAGGUCGUUUACAAGAGAAUAUACCAGAAAAUGAAACAUUACGCACUCAGCCCAAAACGGAUAACAAAUCACCUUUGAAACUGGUCAUGAACCCGAGAGGACAAGUGCAGGACAUCACGACAUUACGAAAACAAGGAAUGACUAUCGAGCCCCCGAUGAGCCCGGAAGUUUGUUUCGAUCUAGUCAGAGAUUUGAACGCACCGCGUGGCAAAGGUGCUGAGCUGUUUGCGAAACGACGUAAGAAAUCUGAAAAAUGGAUAGUAGACGAAAGCAAUGUGAAAACUGUUGAGUCUUACCAACCACCUGUCCCGAACCUAAGCAAAGUCCCUCCACCAUCUUAUUUGAAAGAGACGACCCAAAGAGUUGAAAACGUACAGAAAAUGAAUCAAAUCCAGGAAAGGUUCUCAAUGCCGAGGUUGAAAUUGAUCAAAUCCCCUUGGGAAGCGGCCCUGGAGGGCAGUGUGGAAUCCGCGUUCCAGGAGAUCAAUGCCCCCAGAGGUUUCGUCACACAGUCAGCGGCCACCUUCGCAAAAUUGCCCACGCCUACUCUGCCACCUUCGACACCGAUCAAAGAAGAACUUUACAAGCCGAAGCCACCCAGGGCCUGGAACCAUCAGCCGACCUGCAAGACAUUCAGUCCCGUGAAGAUGGAUAAUAUCCUUGCUGAUUCUUCGAAAUCUUCCUUGAGCAUUGCCCAUCUCUCAGACACUAACACAGUUAAUACCGAACUAGUUGUCAAAAACGUACCACAAACUGGGGCCCAACUGCCCUCCCACGAACUCCUGGAUAAAUCCAUCAUCCAGGAAAAAGUAAGAACAGAGGAUUCUAUAGUCAACGAGGUCAAUACUAUGAAGAUUGGAGAAGACACGAAAUGCGACUCUGUCUCACGGUCAGAGUGUACAAGUCAAACUGAAAGUGUCAAGAGAAAAGAAGUCCAGGUGGAAGAGUUCAGGCAAGAAAAAACAGAAAAGACAUUUCAAGAGAUGUCUCAAAAUUCCUCGGAGAUUUGGCAAAGCCAGACCACCUCAGAUGUCCAUUUCGAGUCGGUCAGCUCGGAAAAGAAAGAUUUUUCCUGUUCCAAAACUGAAAGCAAAUCUUCAAAAAAGGAAUUUUCAGUUGAUAAAGAAGUCGAGGACCUGUGCGAAAGAGAGUUUAACAACUUCAGUUUGGAGUAUGAAAACAAGCACGAGGUACAAAAACCAACGGCUUUGCUACCAGGAGUUCUGUUCCAUCCCUCUGGAUUAACUCUAAAUCAAAAAGAAGUUCAGAAAGAAAAAAAAGAAAUCAAAUCUGAAGAGAAAAAAAUUUACAAAAAGCCAGCUUCCAUGGUGCCCGGUGCGAUGCCUUUAUUUGGUGGGGCCUUAGAUUUACACUUUGCAAACGAUAACAACAAGGACAAGCCGUAUGAAAAAAUACCCAUCAAAAGUUUAAUAGAUUCUUUUGAGCUGAGUACAAGGCCUGUUCUUAAAUACAAGCAAGUCAAUGAAAACGUUUCAAUUUCACCAAGCAAAAUGAUCGACAUCAAGCAGAAAACUGUAGAAAAAUUACACAAGGAAGAGAGCUCGUCCUACAAAGUCUUUGAGGAGGUCAAAAUAAAAGAAAUGAAUGAAGAGAUGCAAAAGAUCGAAAACUUCUAUCAGAACAGCCAACAUAACCAAGAAAUAACAACCCUUCAUAAGUCGAACGGUGAAAUUUUAAUUCAACCCACAGAUACAUCUCCACAGAUACAACAUACCUCAAAAAAUGAAACGAAUGCUCAAACCUGUGGACAAUCGGGAGGAUUCGCUCCGCUAGCAUCGAGGACCGAAGAUAUGCCGGUCAAACGUCCCGAUCCUGUUUAUGAGCCGCAGUUAUCCAAGGUAGACUUCAUGAAGCAUAACAAUUUCAAUACGGCUCCAAGAGGAUGGCAGAGCAGCAUGUCCUACUACCGACCGGUGACGUUCAACACCCCAGCCUAUACAAAUUUCUGAUGAUUUCAUUUAAAUAAACAAAAAUCAUGUCUAUGUUUUCAUUUAAUUAUUAUGUUGACAAAAUUCAAUUAAAAAAAAAAAGAACCGACUUUUAGACUGUUUAUGAACAAUAAAAAAAAAUGUACGCAGUCGUCUUACAUUUUUCUGUUUUACGACUGCAAUAGCAGCUAAGUUCUCAAGAUCUUUUUCUUUUUUUCCCCUCAAAAUGUAAAUAUACGCACAUAAAAGAACUGUAAAUAUUUGGACCAACUGUAAAACUUAAUCCGAGAUAUGGUCGACAAAAUUGAAUCUAUCUUUGUGUAGAAUUUAUACUUCAAAGAGCUUAAAUGUUGUUAAAAAAUAUAUUGUUUUUCUUUAAACCCAA